AUGCGAGUAUCAAUUGAUCCAAAAGAUAAUUGGUGGUUGGCUGCUACAAUUACUUCAAUAUAUGCUAAUUUGAAUUCGGUCAUGUUCCUUAAUGGGGCAUAUUUCAAGGAUUGGAAAGAGAACAUAGAAAUUGUUCUUGGUUGCAUGGAUCUUGACCUUGCAUUAAUAAAGGAACAACAUGUUUCUCCUACGGAAUUUACCACCUCUGAACAGAUGAAAGAUUAUGAGAAGUGGGAUUGCUCCACUCGCAUGUGUCUCAUGAUCAUUAAGCGCGAAAUUUCUAAAGUCUUUAGGGGUACUAUAUCGGAAGAUAUAACUAAUGGAAAAAAAUUCCUUUUUGAGAUUGAACAUGGCUUUAAGAAAACUGAUAAGGCGGAAACAAGUACUCUUCUUCAGAACUUGAUUUCCAUGAAGUAUCAAGGCAAAGGAAAUAUAAGGGAAUACAUUAUGAGCAUGUCAAACAUUGUUUCAAAACUUAAGGCACUAAAGCUUGAGUUUUCUGAAGACUUGCUCAUUCAUUUAGUACUAUUUUCUCUUCCUUCACAGUUGAGUCAGUUUAAGAUAUAUUAUAACUGUUAG